GGCCGUUGCUCGCAGAGCGGAGAGCAGGGAGAGGUUUCCACAGCCUGCCAUUGCUGUUAGAACACCGUCCGAGUGAUGCCUGCUGUUCCCAACUUUUCAUCCAGUGGUUAGCGACGAAACACAAGAGCAAAGGUGGCCUUCAUUUGCCUUUUUUUUCAAGUCGAGUUUCUUCCAUGACUCGAUCCCUGAAUGGACUAACGUGAGCUUUCCCAGGGCGACUCAGAGAAGAUAAUGAACUUUGGACUUUCCAAACGGCUUUCCGUGACAUGUUUCCCGUCGUCCUGGAUCAAAUAAAAUAACAUCGUAGCCCGGCGUGGCGGCAGCUGGGCGAAAAUACAACUGGGAGGGAAAAGAAGCGCACUAACCUGAGCGAUUAACACAGCAGAGACCCCAGCAACUUUUAACCUGACACUUUCGAAGAGGAAUAGCAGAGGGAAAUGUCCUCCAAGGCUUUGAAUAAGAGUGCAGCCAUGGAGGAAACGGUUAUAUGGGAACAGCACACAGUGACUCUUCACAGGGCCCCAGGUUUCGGGUUUGGAAUUGCCAUUUCAGGUGGGAGAGACAACCCUCAUUUCCAGAGUGGGGAGACCUCCAUCGUGAUAUCUGAUGUGCUGAAAGGAGGCCCUGCCGAAGGACUCCUACAAGAAAAUGAUCGAGUGGUGAUGGUCAAUGCGGUCUCUAUGGACAACGUGGAACAUGCCUACGCUGUGCAGCAGCUCCGAAAGAGUGGCAAAAAUGCAAAAAUUACUAUUCGUAGAAAAAGGAAAGUACAGCUCCCCGUAUCUCGGCCAGGAGACAGGGAGACGAUGUCAGAGCACGAGGAAGAGGACAGCGAUGAGGACGAUGGUUAUGAGCCCCAGCAUGGUCGUGGUGGGCAAAGUGCCUAUGAUGGAGCAAGCGCCGGCACGAGCUCAGGCAGGCGUCACGAUCGCGAGCGUAGCAGCAGCGGAAGGCGGGAUCACAGUGCCUCACGGGAGAGGAGCGUCUCUCCGCGCUCUGACCGCCGGUCACAAGCCUCCUCCGCUCCCGUAAGGCCUGCCAAGGUCACCCUGGUCAAGUCCCGCAAAAACGAAGUAGAAUAUGGACUGCGGUUGGCCAGCCACAUCUUUGUGAAGGACAUCUCUCCUGAGAGCCUUGCAGCCAGAGAUGGAAACAUUCAGGAGGGGGAUGUCGUACUUAAGAUCAAUGGCACAGUUACAGAGAAUCUAUCACUGAUAGAUGCAAAGAAGCUGAUUGAGAGGUCAAAGGGUAAGUUGAAGAUGGUAGUGCAGAGAGACGAGCGAGCCACACUGCUUAACAUUCCAGACCUUGAUGACAGCAUCCCAUCAGCCAACAACUCAGACAGAGAUGACAUUUCAGAAAUACACUCACUGACAUCAGACCAUUCCAAUCGAUCUCUUGGGAGAGGUAGUCGAUCACGAUCGCCUGACAGGCCUGAAACAUCAGACCAUCUCCGUCACUCACCUCGGCAGAUCAGCAACGGCAGCCAUCGAAGCAGAGAUGAGGAACGCAUAUCUAAACCUGGUGCCAUGUCCACACCAGUCAAGAGCUCUGAUGAUGGCGUCCUGUCACAGGCCAGCGACCAGGCCAGCUCCAGAGAUGACAAACUGUUACCUCCGCUGCCUGAACCAAAGCCAGUUUAUGCACAACCUGGUCAGCCUGACGUUGACCUGCCUGUUAGCCCCUCAGACGCCCCCGUACCCAGCGCUGCUCACGAUGACAGCAUCCUCAGGCCAAGUAUGAAGCUGGUCAAGUUCAAAAAGGGGGAGAGCGUGGGUCUGCGGUUAGCAGGAGGGAACGACGUGGGGAUUUUUGUGGCCGGGGUUCUCGAGGACAGUCCUGCAGCCAAGGAGGGGCUGGAGGAGGGGGACCAGAUUCUCAGGGUGAACAAUGUGGAUUUUGCAAACAUCAUCAGGGAGGAGGCUGUGCUGUUCCUGCUGGAUCUCCCCCGAGGAGAAGAAGUUACUAUUUUAGCCCAGAAGAAGAAGGAUGUGUAUCGGAGGAUAGUGGAGUCAGACGUGGGUGACUCCUUCUACAUUCGGACACAUUUUGAGUAUGAAAAGGAGUCGCCUUACGGGCUGAGCUUCAAUAAGGGCGAGGUGUUCCGCGUAGUAGACACACUCUACAACGGCAAGUUAGGCUCCUGGCUCGCCAUCCGUAUCGGCAAGAACCAUCAGGAAGUGGAAAGGGGAAUCAUCCCAAACAAGAACAGGGCUGAGCAGCUAUCCAGUGUGCAGUACACCCUCCCCAAAACCCCAGGAGGCGACAGAGCAGACUUCUGGAGAUUCAGAGGACUACGAAGCUCCAAGAGGAACUUACGGAAGAGCAGAGAGGACCUGUCCGCCCAACCAGUUCAGACCAAGUUCCCUGCUUAUGAGAGGGUGGUGCUGAGGGAAGCUGGGUUCCUGAGACCUGUGGUUAUUUUUGGGCCAAUCGCAGAUGUGGCCAGAGAGAAACUGGCCAGGGAGGAGCCCGACGUUUUUGAACUAGCAAAAACACAGCAACAACAAGGAGGGGAAAAGAGUGAACCGAGGGAUGCAGGAACCGACCAGAAGAGCUCCGGCAUCAUUCGACUGCACACCAUCAAACAGAUCAUUGAUCGGGACAAGCAUGCAGUGCUGGACAUCACCCCUAACGCAGUGGACCGUCUGAACUACGCCCAGUGGUAUCCGAUUGUGGUGUUCCUCAACCCAGAUGCCAAGCAGGGCGUCAAAACCAUGAGGACCCGCCUCUGCCCCGAGUCCAGGAAGAGCGCCAGGAAGCUCUACGAACGAGCGCUCAAACUGAGGAAGAACAACCACCACCUCUUCACCACAACCAUUAACUUGAAUAACAUGAAUGAUGGUUGGUUUGGAGCGCUGAAAGAGUCGAUCCAGCAGCAGCAGAACCAGCUGGUGUGGGUGUCAGAGGGCAAGGCUGAUGGGGCAGCUGAGGAUGACCUGGAUAUCCACGACGACCGCCUGUCCUACCUGUCGGCGCCAGGCAGUGAGUAUUCCAUGUACAGCACCGACAGCCGCCACACCUCUGACUACGAGGACACGGACACGGAGGGCGGAGCCUACACCGACCAGGAGCUGGACGAGACACUGAACGACGAUGUUGGUCCACCGGCGGAGCCUGCCAUCACCCGCUCCUCCGAGCCUGUGCGCGAGGAUCCGCCCGUCAUCCAGGAGCCACCGGGCUACGCUGCCUACCAGCACACGGUGCAGCCAGACCCCCUGAACCGCAUCGACCCGGCGGGAUUCAAGGCCCCAGCGCCGCAGCAGAAAGCAGAGGCCGCUGCCGUCCCUAGCAUCCCCCAGCAGCCUGAGCCCCUGGCUGAAACAGUGCCCCCUGCUGUCGACGUAACUGUAAAAACUGUAGGGGGUCUGAGCCCUGACGAGGCUCCUGCAACUCCCCAAAGGCAGCCAAGCCCCAUCCCAGAGGCUGGCUCCCUUAGGAGACCCACCCCUGAGCUAGCCCCUCAGAGCGUCACGCCAGAACCUCUACAGUCCGGACCGGACAGUUCAGAACCAAAGAUGUUUCAGAAGGAUCCGUACAGCACAGAAAUCACAGGAAGAAUGGGACACAGCAUGAAGCCUGUGACUUACAACCCCCAGCAGGGAUACCACCCUGAUCAGCCAUACAGAGAUUACGACCACCCACCCAGUCGGUAUGAUGUCAGCAGCAGUGGAGUCAGCAGCGGAGGUGGUUACCCAGAUCCAAAGUACCGAAACUAUGACUCUAACCCGCCCUUCGAGAACAGUGUGCCUCACUACGACCAGCAACAGUGGAACCCUUACAGCCAACCGCUCUCUACUGCCAACUCCCAGGGCUACGAUCCCCGACUGCCAUAUGGUGACGGCCCUGACUCCCAGUACACCCCUCCGCUCCGCUACGACGAGCCCCCACCUCCGCACGGAUUCGACGGCCGACCUCGCUACGGUAAACCGACCGGUCCAGGGCCAGUCCGUUAUGAUGACCCUCCGGCUCCUGCUCCAGGGCCUGACAUGCACUACAACCAGGAUUCUCAUCUGAACACGUACCCCGUGGCCGCUCGCUCCCCCGACCCUGCUGCCCAGCGGCCUGCCUAUAACCAGGGACCAACACAGCCACAGAAGAGCUACAAACCUCAGCAGUAUGACCAUAUUCCUGUGAACUCUGAAACCAGCCCCACACCACCUCCCAAAGAGGCUCCUUCACCUUCCCCUGCAGACGCUCCAAAGCCUGUCGCAGCCAGAAACGAGGCAGACAAGGAGGACCCGGCUCUGAGGCCGCAGUCAGUCCUGACAAGGGUCAAAAUGUUUGAGAACAAACGCUCUGUGUCCGUGGAUCGAGCCAGAGAUACAGUGGAGCCAUCUGGAAACAGGGCAGCAGACUUGCCAUUAAAAUCAGGAGGAGUCAUCCCUAAAGCAAACUCUCUGAGCAACCUGGAUCAAGAGAAGACUUUUAGAGCUCCGGGCCCUCAGAAGCCUCACGCCGACGACAUUGUACGCUCCAACCACUACGACCCAGACGAGGAUGAGGACUACUACAGGAAGCAGCUUUCUUACUUUGACAAGCUCCAGACUGGUCCCAACAAACCACAGCCACAAGCACAAGCACCCCACAACUACCCCAGGACGGAGUCACUAGACAAACCUACUCCAGUGGAGAAAAAGUAUGAACCAGUCCCCCAGGUGACGCCUUCUCUGCCACCAGCGACACUGCCCAAACCUGCACCUGAAGCCAAGCCUCCUGGGCGAGACGACACAAUCCAGACCAACUUCCUGCCUCACAAGAGUUUCCCUGAGAAGUCUCCAGUCAACGGCACAAGUGAACAACCUCCAAAAACUAGCACUGGGGCACCACCAGCAUCCACCUACAACCGCUAUGCACCCAAACCUUACACAACGUCUGCCAAGCCUUUCGCGCGUAUGUUUGACAGUCCCAAAUUCAACCACAACCUUCUUCCCAACGACAAGGUGGACAUCGCCCCCAAGCAGGUCCGAAGCACCAGCCCAGUGAAGUCUGUGAUCCCCCCGCAGCCCCAGAACACAGACCACGACAGCGGUUUGGACACGUUUACCCGUACCAUGGACAACCGCUCUAAACACCAGCACAACAACAUCAACGCUAUUCCCAAGGCCAUCCCAGUGAGCCCGAGUGCCCUGGAUGAUGACGAGGAUGAAGACGAGGGUCACACAGUGGUUGCAACUGCUCGAGGUGUCUUCAACGCUAAUGGUGGCGUCCUGAGCUCCAUCGAGACAGGUGUCAGCAUAAUCAUUCCACAGGGGGCCAUCCCUGAAGGUGUGGAGCAGGAGAUCUACUUCAAGGUCUGCAGAGACAACAGCAUCCUGCCACCGCUCGACAAGGAGAAAGGAGAGACUCUGCUCAGCCCUCUGGUGAUGUGUGGACCUCAUGGCCUCAAGUUUUUGAAGCCUGUGGAGCUACGCUUACCUCACUGUGCGUCUAUGACCCCUGAUGGUUGGUCUUUUGCUCUAAAAUCCUCCGACUCCUCGUCGGGUGACCCUAAAAGCUGGCAGAACAAGUCUCUCCCUGGAGACCCCAACUACCUGGUGGGAGCCAACUGUGUCUCUGUGCUCAUUGACCACUUUUAAGACGGACCAGCAGGUGUUACUGAAUGUGGAAUCACGUCAGGUUAAAAAUGAAGACGAUGGACACACACUGACACACACAUGCAUUUACACACACACACACACACACACACACACACACACACACACACACACACACACACACACACACACACACACACACACACACACACACACACACACACACACACACACACUAACACACUGACAGAUGCACUCCAAACACAUGUACACCACAUCAUGGAGUAUGAAGAAGACCCAGUCAGUGCUGUUUACUGCACCCGCGGAUGAAGGCGAGACACUGAUGAAGGUUGCAAGCUGUUCUUUGAACUCUUCCCCCGAUGUUGAAGUUUUGAUGUGAAAUGAAACCAAUAAUGCAUGCAACGCCCCGUGCCACUAAGCAUUGACACUAUACGUCAUAAGGCAAUGUUUAAUGUCGUUUUUUCAUGAAUAUAGAUGGAUGGAUUUUUGAGGCAGCGUAAAAGGCUUCAAAAAUCUGUGUGGGUAUAUUUAUGCUAUAUAUGCAUAUGGUGUAUAUAUAGUAGUAUAGAGAAGAUCUACUAAAAACUGAACUCAUGAAGUCAACUACCGGUCAACAUCUUGUUCUUUUUAAGUUGAAGUGACUUGAAACAAACAUGUUUUCCACAUUUGAAUGAAGGUUUGAGAAAGACUUGAUGUAAUGAUGUUUGCAGGAACCCGUUGAAGGAGCUGUCAGAAGCUGGAUGUGAACCCAAGCAGCACACUUUUAGAGACGUUCUUCCUUCAUUCCUUCCUUUUUAUUCUUCCUUUUUCCAGAAGUGAUAUCUUGUAGCUUAAUUUCUUACUGAGUCUCUCCUUCCAGCCUGAGGGAGAUCUAUGCAUGUUCUUUACUCAGGUCCUCAGUUCCUUCCUCACUUAUCUCUCUCUCUCUCCUCCUCCUCCUCCUCUCCCUCUCUUGCUCUUUCGGUGCAGUGUUGCACUCACACACAAAUAAGCAGUGAUGCCUUAUCUACAGAUUAUUCACUUUUCAUUACAAAGAUAAAAAAAUAAGUUAUGAUAAAUUAUGGUAUAAUGUCAUUUGUUUUGCCAUUUCUUUGUGAACCCACUGUAUAAAUGAACUUGGGUUUAGCACACAGUAACAGUUGAUAAAGGAUAACAAAGGUAUGCUCUUCUUUUAUCUGCUAUGCAUUACUGAAAAAAAAAAAAAGACGAGAAAAGAAGCAGCUGUAAAUAAAGCUAGCA